UACUGACAUUAUAUCUUUUGAUGUUUGUCUUACAGUUGUACGUCUGCAUUUCAUGCUGCAAGCAUGCUGUCGAGGAUCUGCUUCGUACUUUUGCUGGUGCUUCCUGCCAGUUUUGCCAAGGUUAAAUGUCCCAAUAUUAUCGGCAGAAAUCAAUGGACCUCCGUUCCCGCUGGAGAUGUGAACUAUUUAAUAGUACCGAUUCCUUAUGUAAUAAUACAACACACAGUCACGCCCGAAUGUAAUUCGCGGGAAGCGUGUACAGCCCGUGUCGAUGGCAUCCGCGGUUUUCAUAUGGACGAAUAUGGCUGGGAUGAUAUCGGUUAUUCAUUCUUAAUUGGUGGCGAUGGAAAUGUAUAUGAGGGAUGUGGAUGGACACGCGAAGGGGCGCACACAUACGGAUAUAAUAAAAAAUCUGUCGGAAUAGGUUUCAUUGGAAAUUUUGAAAACAAACAGGCCAGCCAGAAAAUGUUGAACGCUGCGCAUCAAUUAAUUGAAUGUGGCAAAUCCCAGGGUAUCCUUCGAAACGACGUACGUGUGUUUGCUGCGCGACAAGUACAGCAAACAGCGAGUCCAGGAUAUCAACUUUACUUGCAACUUCAAGACUGGCCUGAAUGGUCUAAUAAUGUAGUCAGAUGAGCAAUUUUUACAAGUGCGAUGCUAAAGAUUAUCGCUUUUGACUCAAUUUAAGUAAUUAUAUUAGAGAGAAAAUAUUUGCUCUCAUGAUUUUUAAAUUAACAUAGAUGUAAACGUAGAAAAGAAUAUUUUUUUUUCUUCUAUACAUAGAAGAAAUCUUAAAUAUUUUUUCUUAAUAAGGUUUGUGGAAAAAGCUUUUUCAUAUCACAAUGCUUAUUGCUGUUUAUUUUAAUCCGCAUCUCUUAAUCCGUGCUUCGUUCAAUAAGAUUAUAUAGAACAGGCCACAUACAAAGCCGUUCCUCAAAUAACAUCAUUGCCUUGCGAUAUAUUUUCGCAAUUCGUUCGCAAUAAGAUUAAAAAAAUAAAACUAAUGUAAGACCGUAAAAAAAAAAGAGAAAUAUACGUCAAUAUUCGAGGUAAUA